AAGGAGAAAUGGCUGCAAGGUUACUGCUCCGCUCCGCCGUCAGAGCCGCGGCGGCUUGCCGCUCCGUCCGGACCCCCGCUCUGAGCCGCAGCAUGGCAGCAGGAGGGAUUCCCACUGAUGAAGAGCAGGCCACAGGGCUGGAGAAAGUCAUCAUGAAGGCCAUGAAGCACGGCGAGGACCCCUUCAACAUGAUGAAGCCAAAGCACUAUGCAGGCUCCAAGGCCGACCCCCACCUGGUUCCCUCCAUCACGAACAAGAGGAUUGUGGGAUGCGUGUGUGAGGAGGACAACACAGCCGUGGUCUGGUUCUGGCUCCAUGAGGGUGAGGCCCAGCGCUGCCCGUCCUGCGGCGCCCACUACAAGCUGGUUCCCCAUGAGCUCCCCCACUGACCUGCCUCCUCUUCCUCCUGCAGAGGAAGCGGCGCUGUCUGCUUCCCACCUUCUUCUACUUGACAUACCUGCUGACCUCAUCAGUCGUUGCUUACACGUUACAUGUACUCGGGAUCAGACACGUUCGGGGAACAAAGAAUUUCUUCAGACAUUUCCAUUCAGUCAGUUUACACACACAAUUGUACUGCACACGUUACACUCCUCCCACCUCCCAGGAGCAGCAAUAAACUUUAACUUCCUGUCAA